GAUAGCCUCAUAGCUUAGUAGUAGUAUUAUAAUUUGAGUUUGACUCAAUAGUUUCAACUUGAUCUUAUAUGUGGUUGAAACACACUUUCUUGAACACACAAGUUAUUGAAAAUUGUAUUGUGUGACUUUCUAUUUUUAACACAUUCUUUCAUAUUUACAAAAAUACAAUCUUAAUAACAUAACAUAAGAACUGAACAUUGGUUUCAUAUUUACAAUACAAUAAAAAAACAUAAGAACUGAACAUCCCGGGGUUCUCACGGACUUUCGACCUACUUAUAGACUAUAGUGUAAAUAAUUUGGAUCACUUCUGCCACUUCACAUAUUUGCCUAGUGUAUAAUUUAUUAAACUUGGUAGAAACACAUUGUUCUAGUUCGAAUAAAAUAAAAUGUGAUAAAUGCACAAGUGUAUAUUUAUCUCUGUAAUUCUCCUACCCUCUUAACAUUAUUUGUUUAUUUACAUCAUAAAAUAUUACAAAUACGUUUUACUUGAAUUUUUUACUAAGUCACCACACUAGCACUGGGCUCGGCCCUUGGCCGAGAAAGUUUACCAAAAAUUUAUGUAAAUAACCAUGUUAACAAUAUAAUAAGAAUAAGAAGGCCAAGGUAACAUAGUCGAGUUGAUCGGGAUUGUGGUCUUUCGGACUUGAGAUAUGUGAGGUCUUAGAUUCAAACCACGUUAUACCACUUGGUGUUCCCGAAGGCAUCUCUCAUGCGGGAGACGAAUUCUUCCCCCAGUAUUGGAUGCUAGGCCUUGAAAAUGUUGCUUAUGAUUAAUCAUCUCCCAAAAUUGCCAAUGCAAGUUGACAUCCAUACCCAAUAAAGUGAAACUCAAGCCAAUUCAAAUACUGUUGCAAUGCAUGGUAAAAGAUACAAAGCAAAUUAAACUAAGAGGUCGUUUGCUAUUGGGAUUUUGAUCACGGAUUUUGGUCUAAAAAACCACACUUAUGGGAUUAUGGACAAAGUCCAUGUUUGUUGCAAAAAUUGUGUUGGAUUAGUUCUUGUGGGACCCAUGCAUAAGGGAUUAUAGUGAGAUCAAAAUCCGUGGGGUCCACGGAUUAUAAAAUUCUACCUCUUUAGGUGGAAUUUUGGGAAGAGCCAUAAUCCAUGAAAGCAAAUGACAAAAGUAACCUUAUAUAUUUCCAAUAUACCGAUGUCGUCCUCAUUAUUAUUUGUAGGGUUUGACAAGCAGCCUCCAUCACAUUCCCGUUUGUGUACCGUAUGAAGCUUCCUCCGUCUCCCAUUCUCGAGUGAAGUAGUUGCUGCAACUUUGGACAUGUUCUUGUUAUGAAGUAGCUGCUACAAAAUUCUGUUGUCGUUAUUGUAAGUUACAAAUUUCUAUCAGCAGCAGCUGCAAAUUUGCGUUACCUGCUGAAAGUUGUCAUCAUUAUAAGUUUUGAACACGUUUGAGGUUGCUUAGUAGCUGCUGCAAGUUUGUGUAAGUUGCUGCAAGUUUGUGUAAGGUGCUGCAAUUUUUUAUUUAGUCCAUACAAAUUUAGUUAGCUAGCCACAAGGAACAAGUGGUGUUGGCGGAUUAAGCUGUAAAAUAAACUUGGAAGGAGAUGGAGAAGGUAAUGGCGGAGGGCAGGGGCUUUUAUUCUUCUCUUGGAGAUGGUAGUUAAUAAGGAUAAAAUUGUAAAUUCAACCUUUAACUAAUCAAUUACAAGGACAUAAAUCCAAUACAAAAUCCAUGAAGUAAACAAGUACUUUUGCAAAUCCAACACAAAUCCAAAAUGACAAAAUUCCACAUAAUCCUUCUAUGAUAAAAUUCAGGGUUUUACACAAAUCCUUGGUUUUUCAGAAUCCUACAAGCAAAGGACCUCUAAGAAAUCGGCUGUGAAAGUUAUUAUUAUUAUAUUAUUAUGAAUAUAUAUAAAGCUAAAGAGCAAUUACUGUUGCCUAAAAAGUUGCAAAUUAGUCACUAUGUAAUAUUUUACAUUUGGCAAGGUUGAUUCACAAGUGCAUCCGAAUAGAGAGAAACUUGAUAGUUUAAUUAAGAAGCGGUUGUCUGAAGAUGAAAGAGACUCUCUAUGCCUUCCCUUUAUCUCCUUAUCUAUUUACCAUAGCCAUGGAGGGUUUGACUGUUAUCCUUAAUGUUGCGGCUCUUUCUGGUCUCAUUCCCUACCACCCACAGUGUAAGAGAGUACAGCUAACACACCUUUGCUUCGCUGAUGAUCUCUUAAUUUUUACUGAGGGAUCUGGAAGGGCUAUUGCUAGUGUACAAAACCUUCUCCAUGAAUUUUAUGAGUUGUCUGGUCUUCAAUGCAACCCUCGUAAGUGUGAAGUGUAUUUUGGGGGGUGUUCGGUUGAUUUCAAGAAUCAAGCUUUGGAGGUUUCUGGUUUGCAAGAGGGUAAACUUCCAGUCCGUUAUUUGGGACUCCCUCUCAUCUCGGGUAAGCUCUCCUCUGCUGAUUGUGCCAGGCUAGUUGAUAAAAUUACUCAGAAAAUUAAAAGCUGGAGAGUCAAAAAGCUUAGUUAUGCUGGUCGUUUACAACUCAUAUCGUCUGUCUUUAUGGGAGUGCUAUAAUACUGGAUGCAAGUAUUUUUCCUUCCCAAAAAAGUGCUUAAGCAGGUACAUAAGGUAUGUUCCAACUUCUUAUGGCAUGGUGGAGAUGAGGGGAAAGCUAAAGUUAGUUGGGAAAGACUGGCAAGACCUCGAAAAGAAGGUGGAGUGGGGCUUAAGGAAAUGUUUUCAUGGAAUCAAGCUUGUACUACCAGGAUGAUUUGGCUACUGCUCAUGCAGAGUGCGACUAUUUGGAUGGCCUGGAUCUCACAAUAUCGGAUUAAGACAGGUAGUAUAUGGACAAUAAGGUCCACUUCUAGUAGCUCUUGGACUUGGAGACGCAUUCUUAAAAUUCGAUCAGAGGUUCAAAGGCACUUCUCAGGUCAGGGGAGUUCAUUAUGAUGGGCUGGCUCUCCUAUGCAACUGUAUUCAGUUGGCCUAUUAUGGGAUUCUAUUAGAAUGAAAUGGCCAACGGUGGAUUGGCACAAGCUGAUAUGGGGAAAGGGAUUUCUCCCUGUAUUCAUUUUAGUGAUUUAUUGUCAUACUUUUUCACUUAUGCAAUGUCACUAUACGUGUGAAUGUUAACAUGUUUGUUAGAGUCAUAAAGAUGAAAUAUUAUCCAUGGAUACCCGAAACAUCGGAUGUGGACAUGAUUUUAGUUUUCUUCUCAAGUCUUGUGUAGAUACGGGUAUGGAUGAAACACAUAGCUUAACUUCUGUUGUUAUUGGUAGCGGGAAGAACGCACAGAAGGCCCAACUUUUGUUGUUAUUGGCCCCUUCGGUGGCCCAUAUAUGACAGGCGGGUAAAGACUCAAAAAUAGAACGCACAACAUCAUUAACUCCUUGUGAAAUGACAAUAAGGCCCAUCUGAAAAUCACUCUCAUGUCCCUAUUUUCAAAAUGCUGAAAAUCCAACCCAUGUUUUGCCAUCAUAUAUUUUGUAGAUACAUUGAUUUGAAAGAGGAAAAAAAAAUUCAAGGUGAGAAGUAAAAGAAGGUGCCUAGAUGUGAAUAAUGAUAAUCACAAGUCACAACACAAAAUGCACAUUAUGAAAAAAAUUGCAGGCAACACCUCCUGGUCUAAACUCAUAGCAAAAUGCAAAGUCAAAUAUAUAAACUCUUGUCUUGUAUAAGGAUUGUUAAGCCUCCCAGUUAAAGGAUCUUAACUUCAAUUCCUUAUCCUCUACACAUGAUACUCUCAGUUUCUAUCUAAAACUCUCUCUAGAUUUACAUACCUGUUGAGACCUAUUCUGUAGAGUUACUCAAAUUGGACAGGUGAUCGAUUUCUAGGUUUCGUCGUAAACCUAAUUGGUUACUUUCAAUUAUGUAAAUCAAUAGUUCAAGCCGCACUUAAAGGUAGGGCAUUUCCCAUUUUUAUAGGAACUUCUGUACCAGAAAUAAUGAUAUCUCCAAUUAUAGCCCAUCUGGAUGUAAAAUACAUCACUAAGAUCACUUGUGCCACUACACAUUUCUUUCAUACCGUGGAGAUGACCCAAAGUAAUUCGAAUCUGGGUGCAAUUAUUAUUAUUAUUAUUAUUAUUAUUAUUAUCAACAGUCGGGUCUAAUAAUUUUGGUCCAAACAUAACAUUGUAUUAUGAAUGAAUAAAAUGUGAUAAGUGAUGUAUAUUUAUCUCUGCAAUUCUUCUUCCAUGUAAAGAUGUACCGGAUAUGCGUGCUUGCUUAUAAAUGUGUCGUCAUUAAAGAAUUAGUAACAUAUAACUCGUAUGACAUAACUCCAAUAAAUGCAAGAAAAAUUAGUAAGAUGUUGUGGAAGAGGUUUAUAGUAAUAUGCAGUCGUUGGCUAAUGAAGCUAUAAAUUAGAGGACAUCAAUCUACAUAUUUGGAACUCCGCAACUGUUACUUAGAGUAUUUACGAAGUUUCUCCAUUUGAAAUGGAGGAAAAAAUAAAGAGAAAAAAGACGAUAGAAUGUAAAAUCUGAUUCCUUUGGUUUCGAGGCCACAGUCCCCAUUUUAAGGUGAGCAAGAAAGAGGUGAUUAAGAAUGCAAAAUCAAAUACAAACAAAGGGUCGAUUUCAGUACAACAACAAAAAUUAUGCUUAAUGAUUGAUAACCUAUAUUAGAAGAUUUCUCCGCCAUUUUCCUAGUUGAGUUCGAGUUCGAGUGAGAUGACUAAUGUCGUAACUAAACAUGAACAAAUAUAUAGAUUUGAGCACCAUAACAACAAACCAUACACAUAUUUAGAAAGGUAAUAAUUGAAAAGGUUGUGGAUCACAUAACUUCUUGUUUUCUUUUUUCUCUUGUUUUUUCCCCAAUGGCAAGAGAGAGGAAAAUGAGGGAGAGGCCAAUAUAGUAGGAUAAAGGAAAAGAGGGAGGAAAUUGGGUGAGACCCACUCUAAUGGAUCAUUCCUCUCUUAAGUUAUGGUUAAUUAUCAAAAGACAGUUAAUGAACAUAACAAAAAUUGUGACUUUUAUAUACCAAAUAAAAUGUGGGUAAAUGACAAGAUUGGUCACUGGUAUUACUAAAAAUGUUCAUGUUUGGUCACUAAAAAUAUUUAUUUCCAUUCAUGGUCACUAGAUUUAGUAAAACAUGUCAUGUUUAGUCACUCUCCGUCCAACUCCGUUAACUUUGUCUGACGUAGCAGUCAACUCUCAUAGUUGACCAUUAAAUAAAUGAUGUGAUAAUUUAAAAUUAAAAAAAUUCACAUCAUUAUCACUACCAUAAAAAAAAUUACUCAUUUUAAUUCCCUACACCUCACUAAUUAUCAGCUCCGCCUCUCCCACCUCCGCCGCCUCCGUCGUUCCUUCUCCGCCACAUGGAUCUGUAGCCAGUUCCAUGCGAGGUUCAAGCAUAGUAGCAAGCUAUCUUUAACAAUGGCAUCCCGAAACGACAGAUCAUCAAAACUAGAAGCCUGGGUGGAUAGAGUUGUCACAGAAUUGAGGAGCAAGCUGAGGGAGAUUGGGAUGUUAAGGUUGAUCCCCAAAAUGUUGGUGUUAAUCGUCGUGCAGAGGCAAAACGCCGCCUCCAGAUCCACCAGCCCAUCAAGGAGGCUGCAUCAAGGCUUCACCGGCGACGCACCCACCAUGACGUUGACCAGGUUUAGCACGUGAUCACACACCCACAGCUUCAGGGUGUCCCGAGUUCACCUUCCGGCGGCAGGGCUCGGGUUCAGGCUGACAUCAUCUCUCCUCCUUCUCCUCCGCUGACAUCAGGUGGCUGAGCUAUCCCCGUGAGCGCAUUAAACCCUAAAUCCACAAAUGAAGCCCCUCCGCUGAAAAAUUUUCGGUGCCUAUCAAACAUUGCAGAAAAUAGACGAUGGGAUUGACCGGAGAGCUCGUUCCGAAACAGGGAGAGCACUAGGAGCUGCGGAAUGGAGCAGUUUGUAGCUGAAAUCAAUUCCUACUUAGGACAUUCUCCUUGUGUAAAUUCCUCUUGGGUUCGAGGGUUUGGGCGUAAGUUAUCUUGUUCUUGAACAUUACCAACUUAGGCCCUCCUCCGCCUCCAUUGUGUUAGUGUUGUGGUAUAUGAUCCACGAUUGAACCUCUCCCAACAACUUGACACAUUAUUGGGGCCAUUGCUUCCUCCUCCUCUGCCUCUGUCAGAGCUUCCACGAGCUGAGAUGCUUUUCUUACUGGCGGUCGUUUCCCUCAACUUCUUUCACCUUCGGAGGAUGCCAUUUCCUUCAAUUUCUCGAUCUCCCCUGUCAAACCAUUCUGCCACAAAUCGAGAACGUUUAGCCGGGAUAAACUAGAGAUCUCACCUGGGAUUUCACCGGUCGAGCGAUCCGAACGAAGCUCGAGCACCUGGAGACAAUAUGUUCUCCAAAGAAACACCUUCCAACCUCGGCAACCCAAACUGCUCAAUGGGGAAAUUCCAUGGAAUUAAAAAGAAUACUUUUUAUUUUUAAUGAUAGUUUAAUGGUCAAAUUUGAGAGUUGACAUCCUCGUCAGACAAAAUUAACAGAGUUGGAGGGAGAGUGACUAAACAUGACAUGUUUCACUAAAUCUAGUGACCAUGAAUGAAAUUAAAUAUUUUUA